UGGCAUAUUAGUAACUCCACCCUCACAAUCAAAUCUCAAAGCUUUAAGGGACAUAGAGACCAGAAUUCAUAUCUCAAUAUUUCAAAGACACAAUCUUGGGCUCUCGGCAUUUUAGCUACUCAGACCUCACGAAGGCGAUCUCUCUCAAACUUUCAGAUAUGGACGGGCACGAUUCGGAGGAUUCGAAGCAGAGCACUGCUGAUAUGUCUGCUUUUGUGCAAAAUCUGCUUCAACAGAUGCAAACUAGGUUCCAAUCGAUGUCUGACAACAUUGUUACAAAGAUUGAUGAGAUGGGAAACCGCAUUAACGAGUUGGAACGUAGCAUCGGUGACCUAAGAACAGAGAUGGGAAUCGAAGGCUCUCCAUCUCCCGCCCCCCAGUCCAAGUCUGAUGAAGAUGGAGGGAAGCAAGAUGAAGGUUCAGCAUGAAACUAGUUAUAAUCCAUGCUCUUUUGGAUUAUCAAUUAACAUUGUGUAUGCUUCACAUUGGAUUUAGUAGUUUUUGUUUUUGAUGUCAUUUUUCUUGUACGAGAUUGUGUAAAAGCUGGAGUUUCUAGGAGAUGAUCCGAACCCCAGCUGGUCGUGAUGUAGCUAUUAGGAUGUUGGUGAUCUAUCUUUCAAAAUCAGUCAUUUUGAGACGAUUUCGUGUUAAUUGAUUGUUUCUGUAGCUACUGGCCCUCUUUUGAGCCCGACUUAUAAAAAUAUUCUGCAUAAGUGUUUAACAAUUCA